CGACGCGUCGAGAGCGCGCCGCGGGCGGAAGAUGCCGAGCCCAAUCCCCGCAGAGGUCCUCUUCGCGCUUCAUCCUCCCGUUCUCCGCACCUCUCUCUUGCGCGAACCGCGACCUCCCCCCUCCCCCCACCACCUUCCUCACGCUCCCCCGACGCGUAACUGUACGUAUCCUGUUUAUACUUACGAACAGCCUACUUCAGAGACCCCGUGGGACGGUCUGCUUUGAGAAACACGGGCAAAGCGCCGCGCCAACCACCAGCCACCCAAACAAAGAACGAGCCUUCAACGUGCGUUUCAAGGUCCGCCCUUCCUGCCGACGCUUGUACCUAACACAAUAGCUUAAAAUACACGUAGUGCAUUUCAAAAGGGCUUGAGCACCCCCUUGCAACGAUCCCCCACCACGCCCUUCGUUGUCCCCAUAGGCGCUAAAUCUAUCCCUAACCACGGAUGAGUUCCCCCGCGAGCCGGCUAACUCCCCUCGAGUAAGGAUGCUUGUGUCAUGCUCUUUGGGUCUGAGACUUAUACAUGGGGAUUUAGGGAGGACGCCCCCCUUCCGUUCGAGGCUGCUGGGAGCCUUUCGGUAGUGACGAGGUCAAGGAAACGGGCCGCCGCCGACUCUGCCGCCGAGCCGCGUCCUCUCAAGAGGUCGCGCAAGGGCAAGCAUACAGAACCCAAUUCUCAGACCGAGCCGUCGGGCACCGGCGCAAGUAGUAGUGGUGCCACCCCCUCGACAAUCCCUGGUCCGGGCCCGUCGACGAAGCUCACCGCGCAGGCGCAGGAGAGGCGCGCGGAGCUGCUCCGGGACCCCCGCGCGCGGAUGGUGGACCUUUUCAGCGUGCGGUGCCUCAAGUGCGGGACCACCAUCAAGCUGUCCCCGAAAGGGUACUUCGACCUGCACCAUUGGAGCAAGCACCGGAAGAGGUGCGACAAGUGGUCGGAGGAGUACGCCGCGGCGAGGCGAGCUGAGAAUGGGAUCGACUCGUCACGACUGUCAACGCCCCCUGCGACGCCCCCGCUGACGGAAGAUUGCGGGACGGAGUUCACGGGGACGAGCGCUAUGAGCAUCAUGAGCGCGAGAUCGCCCACUCCCACCCCAGAGCCCCCGCCGCCGUCCGCGGGAAAGAGCCAGGACAACGUCAUUCCCCCACCUCGAGAAGGUCUCCGUGUGACGGAGGAAUACGUUGCGGCGUCGCGACCGCGGAGCCUUCCUCCAGUGCCGGAGAUGGUCGAGUGCCCCAUCAUUCGGCUCGUGCCCCCUCUCACUUCUCACAAGCUUAGCAAAGCGGCGAUGGCACUCCACCACCCUGGCUUGGAGGUGCUUGACCUCAAUAGGCCUCUCCCAACGGUGCGCGAUUGGGAGUGGGGGAACCUCCAGCCCUCCAUCAUCGCCCCACCCUCCGACCUGGAAACGGAGGAGGCUCGCAAUAGCGUGAGGCUAUCGAAGGCCGACUGGAACGAAGAAGACGAGUGAGGUGAAGAGAGAUAGGCCGGGAGGCGACACGGAGCAUGCGCAUGCGCAUGCGCCGGCCAGCGAGCGGGAGUCCAGGGCUCCUUCCGUAUUCGGGUUCCUGAGCUCUGCCUCUCUGCGCACUGCGCUUCGCUAGUCGUGCCGCGCCACACUCAUAACGCUAGAUGACGGGGCGUGCGAGGUUUAGGUGAAAGGGGCGCGGGGAUAUGUGGGCGCGCAUGUGGUAUUGUGAAGAGGAUUGCUGCUCUUUUGUUCUGGAACUCCUUGUACAGUGCUAUCAUAUGUUAUUUUGUUCUGCUUGGAAUGCUGUAGGAUAACGCGCUUUGCUAUCAUCACCAUCACGGACUACCAUACAUACUAUUACAAGUAC